AUGAGAGCAAAAACUCAAUCAUUAGAAAGAAUUGUAAAGGAAAUGGAUGUGAGAUUUGGUACAAACAAGCCGUCUAAUAUACACACAAAUGAAUUUGAAAAUCUUGAAGAAGGGAAACGAGUUUCAAAGAAAAUUCUUUCUGAAAUGUUUGUCAUUGGAGAGCAAAUUGGGGAAGAACAAGCAAAAGCUUCCAAUAUUGUUUAUAUAUUCAAGAAUUCGAAUCCAUAUGUUUUCGUCAGAUCAUUCAACAUCACCUCAUUCGUUGGAAUAUUUUAUUGGGCUGAAACGGAAUUUUCCCUGAAACUCUAUCUAUUUUCUCUCUCUGUUAAGAAAAAUCAAGAACAACUAUGGAUGAAAAUUCUUGAUGAACAUCGAAGUGAUGAUUCAAGAAGUCGCAGUGAACAUGAACAUGAUGAAUCAAGUAGAAAUUUCCAUCAUGGACACAAUCAACAAUCGAGAGGUACCUCUUUUGAACCACCCUUCAAGUUUAUUCCUGACCCAAUGAAUGAAAUAGAGUGCGCUAUUGUUUUAGAGGAACUGUUGGCCUUGAAAAAUUUCCAGUUCUUACCAAGCUCUAUGAGAUGCGAUACAUCAUGCACCAGUUUUUAUGGUUCUGCAUUUUCUCAACUCUAUGGACCAGUGUUUGUCAAGGGCACUGUAUUCAGAACGGAAAAUGAAACCGUUAUGAAACACCUUGUCACGCUCUCUCAAACCAGAUCAACUUUUUCAAACAUUGUUCGAGUUUUUGAAUAUCGUGCGAUUAAUUCAAACUCCAGGUUGAUCAGUGUUGUUUUCAAUUUGAUGAAACAACACAACGACAAGUGUUUUCCUGAACUGAGAAAACUCGUUAACUCCACAGACCUCGUGAGUAUCACUAUUCAAGAGAGACUAUAA